AUGGAACUGUCGUCGCAGGGUGACUGCAUACAAACUUCAAAUGAUCCAGAGACCAAGGGGUUUGACUUGUCGACUGGGAAAACCUGGGUGUAUCCGGAGAAUUAUCCGGUUCGCCAAUACCAGUAUAACAUAGUCAGCUCUGCCUUGUAUCGCAACACCCUGGUUUGCUUACCUACUGGUCUGGGGAAGACUUUCAUUGCUGCCGUUGUGAUGUACAAUUUCUGGAGGUGGUACCCGUUCGGCAAGAUCGUGUUCUUGGCACCAACAAAACCUCUGGUUGCUCAGCAGAUAGACGCAUGCUACGAAGUAAUGGGCAUCCCGAAUAUCGACAUGAUACAGCUCACAGGUGCAGUUAAUCAGAAGAACCGUGAAGUAGCUUGGCUCAAGAAGAGAAUAAUAUUUGCUACUCCACAAACCUUUCACAAUGAUCUUGAGAAAUCAAUUGUACCCAGUCACUUGGUCAAAUGUGUCGUUGUGGAUGAAGCUCACAGGGCCUUAGGCAAACACUCGUAUUGCGAGUGUAUCAGGAUACUGUCCAUGCGGAAUCAAUAUUUUAGGAUAUUGGCACUUUCUGCUACGCCUGGAAACAAAAUGGACAAUGUUCACGAAGUAAUACAAAACUUGCGUAUCUCCCAUCUGGAGCUGAGGGACGAGAACUCGAUCGACAUGAUGCCGUAUGUUAAUAAAAGAAAGGUGGAUGUUAUUCUAAUACCUCUCAGCGAUGAAUUGGCGGCAUUCAAAGAGAGAUAUAUCGUCAUCAUGGAUCGCCACGUUAAGUUUCUUAUACAGUGCAAUGUACUGCGAGGACAUACCGCGAACAUAUCUAAAGGAAGGGUAUUCCACUUACUAAACGAUUUUAAAAACAGGAUGGACAAAUCCGGAAAUUAUGGACAAAUUAUGAAAACACUAAACAUAUUAUUAACCAUGUAUCACGCUUACGAACUCAUGAUUAGACAUGGAUUACGUGCCUUCUGUAAAUUUUAUCAAACUCAUUCGGAUAAGUUUUGGAUACACAGUGAGAAUCAACUGCGAGGUUUGCUUCAUGAUAUAGAAAGUUACCUCGGACCAUUUCCAGAUAUACUGCCCAAUGGAGAUGUGCUUGAGAUACCAGCAGAUCUUGUAUUUGGACAUAAUAAAUUCUACAAAUUGAGGGAACUUCUUGAACAUCAUUUUAGAAGCAAUAAUGGUGAUCAAAGGGAUACGAGGGCUAUAGUUUUCGUCGAGUAUAGAGAUAUAGUCAAUGAAGUUUAUGUUUUGCUCCUGCAAUCGAAACCAAUAAUCAGGCCGCAGAUGUUUGUUGGCCAAGCUGGUCAAAAGCAGAAGCAGCAGAUAAAAGCGUUGGAAGAUUUCCGAAGCAAUCGUGUGAACGUGCUGAUUUCUACGAGUAUAGGUGAAGAAGGUUUGGAUGUGGGUGAAGUCGAUCUUAUAAUAUGUUUCGACGUAUCGCAACACUCUCCGACAAGAUUAGUUCAGAGAAUGGGCAGAACGGGUCGCAAGCGAGAUGGUCAUAUAAUUGUUCUUGUUACGGAUGGAAAAGAGCACGAGAAUUUGAAAUCUACGCUUUCCAGAAGAGACUCUUUAAAUAAUAAGAUAUUAAACACGAGCAACAUAUUUUCUUCCUUGUAUGAUAACAAUCCCAGGAUGAUACCGAAGCAAUUUACACCAGAGUGUCACAAGAUACAUAUUAUUGCAUUGCCAAGAACGCCGCAUAUAAAGGAAAAGAGAAAAAGGAAAAAUGUUCUCAAAAAGAACGAAGCACCCAACGCGAAACAAAAAGAGAAUUUAUCUAUAAUGACGCAAAAGGAUACCGGUCAGUCAUCGAUGAUGAAAUUUCUUACCAAUAAUAAAUACAACCAGCACGAUCAGCAUAAUACGCAUAACGUUCUUAUCGAAUCGAGGACACAGAGCAAUAAUCUACAUAAUGUGAUAAAUCCCAAUGAUGUCAAGUUGCUAUCGGACGAUAACGCCAGAUUCAAUUUUUUAACGUUGUGUGCGGUGAAAAAAUCAGAGGAAGAAAUGUCUUCUGGUACUGCACGUCAGAUGGAUGUGACUUACAUUCCUGCGCCGAAACCUGUUAAAGAUGUGUUCAACUUUGUAGUACCUGACAUAAAAAUGAUUGACAGUUUGCCCUUCUUAACGAGGUUGCGAGAUGGUUCACUAACUCAAUGUAAAAGCUGUGAAGACGAUCUACCAGCGACAUGUAAAAAUGGAGAUGACGCAAUUAGUAACGACUGCAUCGUUAUCGAUGAUGAUGAUGAUGAUGAUCGUAUCUUUUGGUGUUCUAUUCGACACGAAGAGCAUGCUGACAAAAGUGAAAUAAAAUUUGAAGACAUACUUGAUGAGAGCUCCGAUUCCAACGAGACAUCGAUGUCGCGUUUAAGUCAAAGAAUUACGAAUAUCGGGAUGGAUUUUAUUAAUGAAAUUUCGACAGCUAAUGUGAAAAGUGAUAGUAAAAGUACAACUAACGUAAGAGCAGAGGUAUCGGCUGAUGUACUAGACGAUAUCGGACCUAGCAUGUUUGAGGACAUAUUAAACGAGUCGUUCAGUUCAACUGAGGACGGUCUAGACGAGGAGGAAGAAACGGCACAACCAGAUACGAUAUUCCCAAAUCCCUCCUCGAGUGCCUUCGCUACCGGUACAGCGAAAAUUAGCGAAAGUACCGUUAACUUUUUUCGCGACGAGGAUAAUGUUAAUAGACCCGAUGAAAAUCUGCCAGUAGUAUCUGAGAAAAUCGCGGGAUUUAAUCGUGCAAAUAACUCCGCAAGCCUUAUUAUUAUAGACGACAUGCAAGAUCUUGAUUUCGACAGCGACGAUGAUAUAAAUGGAUUUAUUAACUGCGAAUUUGAGAAAAAUAAAUCGAUGCGCAAUUCGAGGGCAGAGGAGAGUUCGCUGUCGAUAACUCAGGCGAUCGGCGAAAUAGCGCGAAUGAAAAGAGAUCCGAGACGAUUGGCGGAAUCGUCUAAAGAGGAAUCGAUUGACAGCACCGGCUGGAUUUCGGUCAAUACCAAAUGCGAAGCUAAAACAGAGAGACAAAAUACGAGCUCGAGAGUAGGAAUCAGAUUAUCGAAUAUUAAUCGCAAGUUUACGAUGAAACCUCGCGCUGCCAAGCAGGAAUGCAGCUUUCCAGAUGAUUCCGACGAGGAGUUUAUGAUCACGGAGGAUAACGCAAGGAAAUUCGACGAGCUUGAAAGCAGCUACUUCCGCGACAUGUCCAAGAACUCAGCUGGUGAUGAUAACUGUUUGCCCGGCACAUCAAGAAACACUGAAAUCAAGCAUAGCUCCAGUAAUGCGUCGAACAACUCGGAAGCUGAGAAUAGUUUCGAUAAUAUAUCGAAAAAUUUAAAACCGUGUGGUAUGUCGACGCCAAAUAGCAGACGCCCAGGAUUGUCCUUGAACAGAAACAAGAGCCAUCAUUCGAACAUGAUAGAUCUGACUCUCUUUAAAGCGCCUAAUAAAUACGCACGUAAUGCGAGAGAUGAAAACAUCUCGGAAUCGGGCACUGCUACGCCGACGGGACAAACGUCCGUCUUGGCUAGAAGCGUCGCACAGGACAUCAAGCGCGGACGCAGGCGUAGAAAUAUUAUUAAAAACGAGUUUAUAGAUGAUGAAGCGCAGGUAGCCUCGGACGAGUCGUCCAGCUCGGGCGAGAGUGUUAUUGUCACCGACGAGGAGGAGGAUCUCGCCGACUUCGUGAGCUACACGCAGAAUUUACAGGAGCAAGUCGAUAUGCAUGCGCAUUAUUUGCAGACGACCAAAAGUCCGAUCAAGAGGCCGGGCGCCUUCCACUUCAGAAAACCACGAUCACCCGUCUUGGACGAGGAGAUCUACUCGCAGCCUCUGUCGCAAGCACAGAACACGUAUCUUUAUGAUUCUUUUUGUGUCAGCGAAGAUGCUGAGCCAAGCAUCCUCGUGCAUGACGACUCGAUACUGGAAAGAGUCGAAGAGGAAUUAGAACGUAAUAAACGAAAGCGCUUCCGUUCGGAGAAAGACGGGAAACGGGCCAAGAGAAAAAAGAAGAAUAUCUUGGAUCACUCUGUAAGCAGCGAAGAUGAGAUCGAACAAUUGCGCGUACAAGUGCAAGAGGACUGAUCGUUUAACGAAUCAAAUCUAUGAAAAUCAAAGCUGUGAUGCGUCGGCGAUAAGUUACGAAACGUAAUAAGAGACUUAUUUUUCAAGUGUACAGAACACGCGUGAGCAUUUAUCGAAGAUUUAUAUUUAUUUUUGUACAGCGACGUUUUUCUAAUAAAAUCGUGUAGUUUUCUAUCUUUAAUCAGAUAACGCGAUGAUUUAUGAGUAAGGACGCGUAUAUUCUUUUUUCCGUUUUCCCCCGCUGCUUAGUAAAAGAUCUCUAAUGGUAUUUUUGUAGUUGUCGUGUCACACUUUCCAGUAGCGAUACGGAUCUUCAUGGUUUAUAUCCGCUUGAGCCUUUGUCGCGUACUGACUCACGAUGCAAUUAUGAUUAUUAUAAUAUCUAUAAUAUCUAUUGUUAACACCUCUACUUGGAUCCGUUGCAAUCGGCAUAGCGAAAAUAAUAUCUUUAACGGUACAAGAUCCAUUGAUAACUGAAACAUUAUGUGAUAUAAUAAUGAAUAAUGUAAUAUAAUAUUAAAAUAUUGUUCAAUUUUA